ACACCUCACUAUUGUUCUAUUUGUGAUAAGUGGUUUUCUCAUAAAGGAAAUUGGAAACAGCAUAUGGAAGGGAAGCAUCUAAAUGUCAGAUUUGAUUGUCCGCAAUGUGGGAAAAGGUUUACUCAAAAAAGUUCAUUAAAAACUCACAUCAAGGGUGAUAAACCAUCAAGAAGAUAUCAAUGUCAAGUCUGUGGCAAGAGUUUUACUUUGAAGGGAAAUCUCAAGAAACAUAUUGAACAACUUCAUUUUAAUUACAGAGUUUCUUGUCAAAUUUGCAAUAGAGAGUUCACAAGAAAAGCCAAUAUGUUCAAUCAUAUGUGGAGUGUUCAUCGUGGAUCAGAGGGACAAGCUUGUUAUUGGUGUGAAAAGAUAUUUAAACACAAGCGUCAUCUCAAUCGACAUAUUAAGAGUAAACAUAUGAAUAUACGUCCAUGUUUUUGUCGUUGGUGUGGAAAGAAAUUUAAACAAACUGGUCAUCUAAAUCGUCAUAUUAAAGGACAACAUUUAAAUAUUCGUCAAACCUGUCCAUUUUGUAACAAAACAUUUGCAUAUAAAGACUCACUUCGCGAUCAUAUCAAGGCAUCUCAUACUGCCCACAGACCAAGCUGUCCACUUUGUGGAAAAGAAUUUAGUUCUCAAAGAAAUGUUAAACGCCAUAUUCAAUCAGCACAUCUACAUGUAAAUUAUCAAUGUCCAUAUUGUGAGAAGAUAUGCACACAAAAAUAUCAUCUUAAAGAUCAUAUAAUAAGAUCACAUCUACAUGUAAAUUAUCAAUGUCCAUAUUGUGAGAAGAUAUGCACACAAAAAUAUCAUCUACGUUCACAUAUAGCUAGUCGCUCUGGUUACUCAUGUCAUAUUUGUGGUAGUGUUUUCACUCAAAAAGGACAUUUGAAAAGACAUAUAGAUAGUCGACAUUUAAACAGGACUUACUACUGUGAAAUUUGUCAAAGUAAAUUUUCAAGAAAAGAUUCACUUAGAAUUCACAUGAAAAGUUUUCAUGAUACAUAA